AUGAAAGGAGGGUACGUUGAUGACAAGACGCCGGAUAUGCGAUUUGGCAUUGGUGCUCUUGUCUACGAAGCGAGGACCGUGAUUCGGAAUCAUGACUCGCGUUUGGUUCAGAGGAGGGUCUGGAGAGAACAGAGGCCUAGUAGUAGUGAUGACAUGGAGAAUAAUGAAGUAGUUACGGUGGUUAGAGCAGAGGAGGAGGUGUUUGUACCGUUGAUUGAAAGUAGAGCUGAGGAGAGUUCAGAGACUUGUCUUGAAGGGAUUGGGUUGGGGUCAUCGGGUGCUAUUAAGUUGGGGACUUUCAUUACUGAAUGGGAUGAAGGUAAAGCUACUUGCAAAGAGAUGCCUGCUACUAAGGAGUCUGCUCAGAUGUAUGCUGAGCGUUUGGCAGAGCUUUCUACUUCUCUAGGUUUUGAUGGAUGGUUGGUUCCUAAUUUGAAGGAGUUCAUAAGCCAUCUAACAAAAGUCUUGCAUUUAUCUACGCCUGGGGAUUUGGUUAUAUGGUACGACAGUGUCACUGCUUGUGGCGAUCUUGAAUGGCAUGAUCAGUUGAAUGAGGAAACUAGAGAAGCGAGAGCCAAGCUUGUAAGUAUUGAAGAGAAGCUUUCUGAGGAAGUCCAGAGGCUACAGGAGGAGGUUUCCAGUACCCUAGAGUCACUAAAGAGAAAAGGAUGCCGGAGCUUGAAGCAGAGAAGAAAGUGGCUGCCUCAACGAGGAAUUUCAAAGAAGCUGGAAGAAUCAGCAGAACUUAAGUCCUUAAAUCUAGAAAAGGAUAAGAUACAGAUCGAAACAGGACAAGCUAAUGCUGAGCUCGAGAAAGCAGAGCAGGAGAUUGAAGAAACAAUCGAGAGGCUACAAGAGUUAGAGAGAGGUUGUGGAUUGACAGUGGCACUGCAAAAGCAAAGAGAUCAGCUGAAAGAUCUGGAAGAAGCUAAUCUUCUACUUGAGGAAGCACAGGAAGCAGAGUCCGAAGCAGAGAAGCUUAAACUCACAUGCGGUCUCAAAGAAGAAGACGAAGAAAAAGAAGAGGCUAAAGAAUGUUUUGUCUCGAUGGAACUUAUAGCUACCUUUCGUCUGAAGAAACUACAAGAACUCGCAGAAUCUGUUCCGUCGUAA